UGAGUCAGCUGCUCCCGGAGCUGCACCGGGAGGGUACCGGGGUGGAGGAGCUGUGGUGGUGCAGUCACUGGGGGCCGGUGGGGAAGCCGUGUCUGCAAGGACAGAGUCAGCCGAUUUCGGUUGCGCCCAAGGGAAGGCCCUGAGUCUGCAGGAGAGAGUCCCCCGCCAUCCCCGGCCCUUCCCAGUUCCCCCAGCGACGUCCGCUUCCUGGUCCCCGUCGCCACCAUGGCUGAAGAUCAACCCCAGGUCGAACUGUUCGUGAAGGCUGGCAGUGAUGGGGCCAAGAUUGGGAACUGCCCCUUCUCCCAGAGACUGUUUAUGGUGCUCUGGCUCAAGGGAGUCACAUUCAACGUUACCACCGUGGACACCAAGAGGCGAACAGAGACAGUGCAGAAGCUGUGCCCGGGUGGGCAGCUCCCAUUCCUGUUGUACGGCACCGAAGUCCACACAGACACCAACAAGAUUGAGGAAUUUCUGGAGGCAGUGCUGUCUCCUCCUAGGUACCCGAAGCUGGCUGCUCUGAACCCUGAGUCCAACACUGCCGGGCUGGACAUAUUUGCCAAAUUUUCUGCCUACAUCAAGAAUUCAAACCCAGCACUCAAUGACAAUCUAGAGAAGGGGCUUCUGAAAGCCCUGAAGGUUUUAGACAAUUACUUGACAUCCCCCCUCCCAGAAGAAGUGGAUGAAACCAGUGCUGAAGAUGAGGGCAUCUCCCAGAGGAAGUUUCUGGACGGCAAUGAGCUUACCCUGGCUGACUGCAACCUGUUGCCAAAGCUUCACAUAGUACAGGUGGUUUGUAAGAAAUACCGAGGAUUCACCAUCCCAGAAGCAUUCCGAGGAGUGCACAGGUACCUGAGCAACGCCUACACUCGGGAAGAAUUCGCCUCCACCUGCCCAGAUGAUGAGGAGAUUGAGCUGGCCUAUGAGCAAGUGGCCAAGGCCCUCAAAUGAGCCACUUUUAAGGGCUCCUUUAACCCCCAAUCUGUUUUUUACAGAGCCCCCCCCCUCUCCCCGGUAGCUUUCUCAUCGCUUUCCAAUGGACACACUCUAAAAUAGCCUGUGGGCAGGACUAGAGAGAGGGAGGGGGAGGGGAAGAUUGGGCAUGGGGGUAAGAUUUUUAUGGUGGGGAGGUAGCUAGGACAAUGUAUUUCAGUAAUAAAAUAAGGAAUGAAA